GGGGAGGCUGUAUGCUGUGAGCCUUUGCCUCAGUUGUGAAGAAAGCGCGCGCGAUCGCGCCAGUGUAGUGCCAGUUAUUUUUUUUAAUCCUCAGCCCCGAAGUGCGUUUUGGAUACAAUGAGGCUUAUAUUUUGGGUUACAGCCUUGGCUGUGCUCACCAUAUCACAAGCAAAGAACACGACAACGAAAUUGAAGCCGAAGAGACAACUAGACAAUAUUCGAACGCCACAAAACCUACAGUACUCUCUGGUUCUACCCCAUUCAAGAGUGGCCCAUUUCAGAGCUCUCUCUAGCAGCAGCCGAAGAGUAUCCAAUGUCUCGCCGAAAGGAGGAAAAUUACCACCGUAUGCAGUACAAAUGGAACCAGUUGUUCAGUACUCCCAAAAAGAUCCGUUAUAUGACCCUAAACAAGAUAACUACGAAGAUACUGGCGUAAAUAAAAACCAAAUUGCACAAUCGAAGAUUUUAAAUGUCAAUGACCAGAGUGCUGAAGGUUCAUAUGGACUACCUUAUGGUAGCCUUCCAACUGCUCCUCUGUAUAGUGAUGAACAUCAACACUAUUACGAGGCUCCGGAACCAAUUAUUGAAAUCAUUAUCAAGGAAUCCAAUGAAUCAUUACCCGCUCCACCACCUCAACCUAUUCAAAAGAAGAAAAAAGAACCCGUUCAAGUGUUCUAUGUUAAAUACAGCAAGGACCCACAUUCUAAAGACAAAGUGAUUUAUGAAAAACCUGUCCCAGCCAUUACACCUCCUUCAAAUGACGAAGAUGAUCAUCAUGAACAAUAUGUUACAGUAACACCUGAGCCAUAUUAUGUCCCUGCUCAAACAACUACCCUCAGAGCGAUUAUUAAACCUGAAUCGGAAAUAUACCACACCGAUAGUAACGUCAAGGUAACUUUUGGAAACGAAGGUCGUCAUUAUGGCAAUAGGCGUGAAGAAAGCCCUUCAGAAAAUCAUGAAGAAACCGCACCAAGGCCAGUCAUCGCUUUACCUAAUUCGCAACCAACUCAAAUACCUCAUGAAAGAUCCGUGUCUCCAAAUUCGCAUUAUCAGGAUCAAAGGCAAAUAGCGUCUGCUCAACAUAAUUAUCAAGCAGGACAUAAUACUCAGAGCCGCAUCCAAUUCCAACAACCGUAUUUAAGUCAAGAACCGCAAUUGCCAAGACAAAGACCACCAUUAGUACAAUUCAAACAAGAAUCACAAAUACACCGGCAAAGUCAGCCUUCCUUCGGAUCUUCCCCACCAAACCGCCCGCCUUCAUUUUCAGGCCUAUCGGCACCAGCUGGUCAUUUUUCGGGCUCCGGACCUUCAAUUCCUGGGCCAAUAGGUCCUCUUCUUCCAACGAUAUCAAGACCUAGCAAUCCUCCAGCAUUCCAACCUAGGCCCAACAAUGCCCCACCUUUUCCACAACGGCAACAUUAUAAUAACCCUUCCAGAACAAAUUUCCGACCUGGACCGCAGAGACCAUUCCAUCCACAGCCUCCAGCAUAUUUCGACGAAGCUAAAUAUCUUCAAGAAAACUAUCACACGAUAACAACAGAUCAAGUAGAAGCUCAAAAAACACAACCACCAAAACAAUCACAGACUUUCAAUAUAGGAUCUAAGCCGGUCAAUUCCAAUCCAAUAAUUUUUAACGAUCGUCCUCAACAACUCAUCCCAUACAAUCAGCAAUUACCACAACAACGCCCACCUCAACAUUUUGAUACUUCAAGUAAACCAGGCUUUGCCGCUACUCCUACUAGAUCUCCAUUCUUCAACUUAAAGCCCGCUCCACCACAAAUUGAAAGCCAUCGUCCACCGUUCCAACGUCAACCUCAACAACAUUUUAGUUUCCACCAAGGACCUCAAACAUUAAGACCAUCUCCGCCAGGACCUUCUAUUGACAAUCAAAACACAUUUUCAAGUCAUAACGCCAUUUCACCUUCCCCAUCAUCGAUACCUCAAACUCAAUUCCUACCCCAACCAUCAUCCCCGCCUCUAUUUAGUUUCCAUCCUCAACCAUCUCCAAACCCCCAACAAUCUAGCUUUUCGGAUAGGCCACAAGGAUUACAAACUAUCCAUGAUCAAAACGUUGCCCAAUUUGUUCCGAAAGAUGGCGAGUUAGUGCCAGCUAUAUCUAAAUAUGAACAGCAUAUAACUGUUAAUGAUCCCACUGCACAACCUAACUACAGUGGGUUUGUAGGAAUUAAUCAACCAUCACCGACGUCAAAUUAUCCUCAACAACAAUACUCUCAGCAGCAUGUGCAACAGCAAGUACAAGUACAACAACAAAGCCAUGUACAACAAGAGCAACAUGACGAACAACAAUAUCAGCAACAAAAGCAACAGCAAGAGCUGCGUCAACAACAUGAGCAUCAAAGGCAACAACUUCAGCAUCAACAUCAACAAGAACAGCAGCAGCAACAGCAACAAGAACAAAACCAACAACAGUACUUAAAUGCUGAGCAAGAAGAAGUGCGACAACAAUUGGCUCAAAAUGUGCGUAAGCAACAAGAGGAGAUCCAACGCCUUCAGAAUCAAUUAGUAUUCCAACAACACCAUCUGCAACAACAGCAGCAACAACAAAGAAAUCAAUAUGAAAAUAACUAUAAUCAAUAUUCUCAACUGCAACCCAGUUCCCCAUCCCCUCAAUAUGUUCAAGAAAGAUCACGUCCUCAGCCAUCAUAUGUUUCAAGUACAUCUUCACCACCUUAUUAUCAAUCGACUGCUAGAACUGUAGAAAUUAAACCAACUACACAAAAGUAUGGCUCAACAACAGUUAACAGUAUUAGUCAAGCACCUGAAACAAAGAAAGAAGACAAGAAGAAGCCAGCUAUAGAACUCCCUGAUGAAGUUCCCGAUGAUCUACGUCAACAACUGAUAUCAUCCGGCAUUUUAGAUAAUGCCGAUAUCAGUGUUCUUGAUUAUGACAAAGUCGGUGAAACACCCUUAGAGUCUCUGCCACCAGAUCAAUUAGCUAACUUCUUUAGUGCCGGUGGUGGUCAACAACUUGCGGGCAGUGAACAUAGACCAAUAAUUGUAGCGCCAAAUGGAGAUAAAAUUGAAUCAAGAAUUGAUGACUCCGACAUUGAUGAUGACCAAGACAUAUCAGCAUCUGAAAACGUUGAAACCAUUGUUGCUCCACCUUCCCACAAAAAUCAAGUUGAAAUGAAAGUUGUUCAUUUUAAUCCCAAUACACCAGAGGGUCAAGAAAUCGCCAAUCAAUAUGUUAAGGAAGAUGCGACUCAAGUUGAUCCUGUCGCUUUAAAUGACAAGAAAUACAACAGAUAUUUGCCAUUAAAAGUAAGCGGAAAUCAAUUCCCAUUACCAGAUGUAAUAAAAGGAAGGAAAGUAACCUCAGUGGUUGUACUGGCUCCGGUAGAAACUAAAGCUAUUAAUGAUGACCACAGUCGAGCUGAACGUGCUGCUGGAGAUAGCUUGAAAGGAAUUCAAUUUAUUGCUGGAGAUAGUCUUCACAAUCUUUUAAAACGACCAACUAGGGAUAAUUUUGAAAAGUGGCUUGAUGUUGAAAAGAAAACCGAGACCGACCAGCAAUCAGUUGUUCUUCUCGUAACCGAGAGCGAAGACCCCAAAGAAGAGAAAGAAAUCUUCAUGUACGACAUAGCAUCAGGCAACAUCAAUAAGCUAAGUGGCGAGCUCUCUAACGCUUUCGUCGAAGCUGCCGAGAACAACUCUCUUAGCAAGGACAUAGAAAAACUGGCUAUUGAAGGGGAAGGCACACCCGAAGACUUCAAGAAAGAUUCUAAGAGUGAAUUAGACGCUGAAGGUUCUGAAAAUGUGCCAUUGUUUGUAGAUAUUUCGGGCUUAAGUUUAGAUCAAAAUAGAAACCAACUAUCCAUUUCAUCUGGCUACAGUAAAACGAAGCGAGGAAGGGAAUUGAGAAGACAAAGAACCUGAUGCAUUCCAGUCGCGAAGACUGAUAUUUGUAAAUAGUAUAGAGUUAGUAUUACUAAAUUAUAACGACGUGAUGUUUUGUACUUAGUCGUAACUUUUUUACAAAAGUGAUAAUCGAGUUGUAUUAUAUUAAAACAAACUUAAUGACA